UUACCGAAUAGAUAGACGUGAAGAAAUGCAAGAGUUGGCUGAUUUUCUUGGCCUAGACUUGGACUAUUUCCCCGCCGUCUCCAAAUUUGAUAGAAAAUUGCUUAAUAAAUAUAAUUUAGGAUUGACAAAUGCCCAAAAAGCUUGCUAUCUAAGUCAUUAUUUUGUCCUUGAAGAAAUCAUAAAAAAUGAUUAUAGAAACGCUUUGAUUCUUGAAGAUGAUAUAGACAUUGAAUUGGAAAUCUCUAAAAUAAUGAGUGACUUUAGUCACGUUUUACCCCAUGAUUGGGAAUUGUUAUAUGUUGGAAAUUCUUAUCGAGAUAAUGAACGUGAGGUUGUAGCAGAAAACGGCAAAUUUAAGCUGCAUAUAUCCAAGUUGCCAACUACUACACAUAGUUACGCAGUCUCAGCUAAUGGUGCUCGCAAACUAAUAAAUGAUCUUAGUCCUAACCAAACAAGAGAUACCAUUGAUAACGAAUUGACAUAUAGAGCUUCCAAUGGAUUCGUUAAAUCAUAUACUAUUGAUCCACCACUUAUGAUACAAUGGAAAUCGAUCGAUAAUCCAUCAGAUAUUUCUAGUGGAGGACGUCCUGCGCAUCUAGAAUUAUUAAAUUCCACUAAGA